CGGCGAGAGGCGUUUCGCACGGCGUUUGCGUCGCCGAGUCGCCCAAUAACGGAAGGGAGGAUAGUUUCCUUGGUUACAACUUUUUGUCAACUGAACAGAGAAGGGGGAUAGCAAGGCACUAAUGCACACAAAUAGGGAUCCACAAGGAUGAGUGGAAGGGAUCUGCAUGCGUUCAGUACAAACUACAGAGGAGGAGAUGUGGAAAAACUGACACUGCGGAUGAAAUAUGGUCUUGGCAGCUCAAAGUACAAACCGGCUGAAUACAAAAGACUUCAAGCCAUUGUUGAUGCCAAACGCCUGGAGUCUGAUCGGAUUGGAUUAAAGGUUCAGAAGAACCGUCUCGCAGCCAAGGCGACCAAGGAGAGUUCCAUAUUACGGCAGCACAGACAGGUGUGGAGCAGAGAGUGCCCCAGGCUGCAAAAGGCUGAGGAGGAGGCUGAGAAUGACAUCCAGGAUUGUCUAGAACAGAUCAUGCCGAACGGUAGAACAGAUACUGCCAUCUUCUCACUUCAGGAUUAUGGGCGCCUUCUAGAGACGGAGCAGAGGGCAUUUAGGAUGGCCACGGUGGAACCUGUUCAUCAGCUCAGGGAGGACCUCCUCUUCAGACAGGGUGAAGUUCAACAUCAGCAGCUCGCUGGCCAUCGAUCGAGCUGGGAACAAGUCCUGCAACAGAUAAACUUUGUGAAGGACCAGCAAGUUGACACAACUGCAAAACUUCAAGCAGAGUACCUGUCCCUGGAGGGGGAGAUCGUUGGCCUCGGCUUGGAGAAAUAUCUUAGUACUUCAGAUAACCCGGUGAAUGUAGAAAACAUCCCAGAGGAGGUUUUGAACUCAGAAUGCCCUUACCCAGAGCUGAAGGACUCCCUGAUCCAGGCCUUCAACUCCCUGUCUGAAAGGUACCAGCCCAGGCUGCAGGAUCUCCAACAUCAAUUGCAGACCACUGACAGGUUCUGUGGCUGGUGUGCAGAUGACCAUCAACGCUUCCAGUUCACUUUGUCCCAGUACAGUCAUGACGUACCCAACCACAGAGCACUCUGCAUGGACAUGCUGCAAAGACUCUUCCCUGAGAAAACUCGACAAGAGCUGAUGGAGCACGAACGUGCAUGGGACUGGUUUCGCUUCACCCAGGCACAGAUGAGAGUGGUGACCCGGCAGCGUCUGCGAGACCGGGAGGAGCUGCUGGCCAGAGCCCUAGCCACCCUGCAGGAGGCCAGACAUGCCCACCAGGAGGAGCUGGAGCUCCACAGAGGCCACCAGCACCAGCAGGACAUCUGCUCGCGCCUCAGAGAGAAGCUGCGGGAGUGGCGGGCCCAGCAGGAGGAGGUGGCGGAUUUAGAGGCGGCCAUAGCUUCUAGGCGACAGGAGGAGGAAGAAGCGACGCUAAAGAGGGGGCAGGAGAAAGAGGCUGCUGUCAGAUCACAGCACAAAGAGAAGGUCAGGCAGUUUUAUUUACAGCAGCAGAGGAGGAGAGAGACGCUGGAGGCGAGGGAUCAAGAGAGACUCGCUAAUCUACGGAGCGUCAUGGAAGAUCAGGCAAGGCGAGAUAGGGAAAGGGUCCUGUUUCGGGCAGACAUGUUGCAGCGGCGAAGGGAGGAGCGGGAGGCGCAGGAGCUUGAGCGGCUGAGAGAAGAAGAAGAGAAACAGAAUCGCCUGGAAGUUCUCAGGAACCAGGUCAGGGUGGUGGCAGAGUCGGACCCAGAGAGGAUGCUGUCAGAUACGGAGGCGUGGAGGCGUCGACUCUUGAAUGUUAAGGAGUUUGAGCUCCAAAGGCCUCUCUAUACGUACACAGACACACAGAUUGUGUCUGAUCCAAGAGUGCGGGUCGAGCAGGCUCUGCGGGAGGCUGGUCUGCACAACAGCCAGUACGCCAAAGAGGUCCAGUCUGUCCUCAACCCCCUAAGACCACCCAGACGAGACACCAAGUCCACGCUCAAAUUCUGACCAGG